ACGGCCAUGCUGGUGCUGACGACCCUGCUGAACCAGGUGUCGGCACAGCUCCCGAGGAAUUCCUACUUCAAAGCCCUCGAUAUAUGGAUGUUCGGCGCCAUAGGACUCAUCUUCUCCAUCCUCAUCAUGCAGACCAUGGUGGAUGUUAUUCAUAGGAAUGAAGAAAAGACAACGAUUACACAGGUGAUGCCAGUACAAAAGUCUGCGUGCCCCAAGCCAGAUGGACUUCAGAGGGCGAACAAGAUUAUGAAGAAGAUGCAAGUCGCGUUCCCUCUGCUUUGGGCAUUUCUUGUGCUCUGCUAUGCAAUCUAUCUCUUCUCUUCCGUGCAAUAACUGCAUACGAGAGUCGUGGGUGAAACAGGGGUCGUUGAAUUUAUUGGCAUUUUCAAGGGCGUAUGCAUGUGCUUUUACAAUGCGAGCCCAUGGCGAGAAUUCAAUUUCCGGUCCUCUUGUUGCCUCAUGACAACAGCGACAUUAUUGAAAAUGUGACAAUGGCAUGGGAUGGAAUAUGUAUGUAUGACUGACAAUGCCUUGAACGAAUAAACAUUAAUGAGAUUA